GUCUGUUCCUAGAUCCAUCAGUUCUCUUUAGUGUUUGCCAAUGUUGGAGGUGUAACUGGGGUCUGGCCCUGGACAAAGGUAUAGAGCAUGGCUCAAGUGAAAGUGCAGACCUCAACGCCCCUGGCUGGCCCUGGCUUCUCCCCCCUCGGGGCCAUGCCCAGUCCAGGACCCUUGGGUCUACAGCCCUCAGUCAAUGGCCCUGGACCCACCCCCGGCUGCCCUGCUCCCUCAGCCGGGUAUGGACCCACCCCCGGCUGCCCCGCUCCCUCAGCCGGGUAUGGACCUGACACCCCUGUGUCUGCCAACUCACCAGGCCCACCCCAGGAGAACAUGGCAAACCCUAAAGAGAAAACUCCUAUGUGUCUGGUGAAUGAGUUAGCCCGUUUCAACAGGAUCCAACCGCAGUACAAGCUGCUCAACGAGAGAGGCCCUGCACACGCUAAGAUCUUUACAGUGCAGCUGUGUCUUGGGGAGCAGGUGUGGGAGGCGGAGGGCACCAGCAUCAAGAAGGCCCAGCACUCCACCGCCUCUCUUGCCCUCACUGAGAGCCUUCUGCCCAGGCCCGCUCCUCGCUCUCCUACAGUGGACAUCAGCAGCAACCCAGGUAGUAUCACCCCUACGGUGGAGCUGAAUGGUCUGGCUAUGAAGAGAGGUGAGCCAGCCAUCUACCGUCCGCUGGACCCCAAGCCCAUGCCCAACUACAGAGCCAACUACAACUUCAGAGGCAUGUGCAACCAAAGGUGAGACCGACCACCUCGCAGAUGCU